AUGGCUAUCACAAGUCCUUUUUAUGGGGCAGCUUCCUCAAUACUGAACACAGUCACAUCCCAGGCUUGGGAUCCCUUGGUCACACUCUGCAGAAACGGCACCCUCUCGCAGCUUAAGCAGAUCCAGCUGGGACGAUUGGCCUUGUACGAAACUAAGACAAGCAAAGCGCCCCAUGUAUUCGGUGUGGAAACAGAGGGACUGCCAUCUGUCGCACUGAAUGUACAUGAUGAGAAGUUUUGGGUCCGGCUUGCGCUGUUUGCAGACAUGGGUUUCGCAGAAAGCUACAUGCUGGGAGAAGUGACCUCCUCAGAUCUCACUAAAUUCUUUGAACUCUUUAUCUUGAAUCGGCAGUACCUCUCGAACGGGUCGACCAUCACCUCUACGGUUACUAAUGGUCUCGCGGGGUUGGUUCGGGGGAGUAACAAUCUCAAGAACGCCCGUCUGAACAUAUCUGCUCACUAUGACAUCUCUAAUGAGAUGUUCGCCGCAUUCCUCUCCCCCGACAUGACCUAUUCGUGCCCGGUCUGGCUACCAAAAUCACACAGCGAGUCUGCCACCGAAACAUUGCAAGAUGCUCAGGUGCGAAAGUUACAAAGGUUUAUCGACAAUACCCACAUCAAGUCGACCGACCAUGUCCUGGAAAUCGGCACAGGCUGGGGUUCCUUCGCAAUUCAAGCAGUCCAACGGACUGGCUGCCGUGUCACAUCCGUCACACUCAGCAUUGAACAGAAAGAGCUCGCGGAGGAGAGGAUACAUGCCGCUGGUCUGAGCGACCGCAUAACCGUUUUGCUCUGCGACUACAGAAACCUGGAAACCACCGCGCCAGGGCCGUACGACAAGAUUGUUUCGAUCGAGAUGCUAGAAGCCGUGGGCAAGGUGUACCUAGAAACGUAUUUCAGAUGCAUCAACAAGCUCCUGAAGAAAGACGGAGGCGUGGCUUGCUUCCAGUGCAUCACCAUGCCCGAAGCAAGAUACGACGCAUACGCAAACUCAGACGACUUCAUCCGCCGAUACAUCUUCCCGGGCGGCCACCUCCCAACCGUCACGCAACUUGUCAAUUCCAUCACCAACGCAUCAGGCGGAAGCCUGGUAGUCGACAACAUCGAGAACAUCGGACCGCACUACGCCAAAGCUCUACGUCUCUGGAGAGACGCGUUCCUAGAGAACUGGGAUUCGCGGAUCAAGAAGCAAUUGAUAUCCGAGAUGGGCAAGAAGGGAGACAGCAUGGACGACGAGAGCGCAGAGGUGUUCAAGCGGAAAUGGGACUACUAUUUCCGGUAUUCCGAAGCUGGGUUCUCGACGAAGACGCUCGGCGAUGUGAUCAUCACUGUAGGACGGGAGGGCGCAGUGCAGAUGAUAGAGGACGUGCCGUUGUAG